AAAUAUAAAGAGGUGUACGACUUUAUUUUAAUAGAUAUUAAAUCAAAUAACUCAUGGCUUAAUAUAAAAUAAGUUAGCGCAGCAAAUAUUUAUGAGCAUUGAAAAGGUUAAUUGAAACUUUGGAUUUUAAAAGAAAGCUUAAGUGUUUAAACAGAGAGGGCACGGAUGCUAAGACAGAAUGAAUUUUAAAGCUAAACUACCCAGGAUUCCAACAGCUUAGCUUUUAAUCAAAAAUGGGACAAGGUGCAGCUAAGCCGCGUAUCAGGAUGGUUCUGCCAGCAGAUGAACAAGAUGGACAGAUUGUUGAGCCUGAAGAAGAUGAAGAAGAAAAUAAUGUCGAUAAGCUUGGUGUGUCCGCAGAGGAAAGCGAUUACCCAGAACCCAGACCCCCUGAUAAACUAUCUGUUGUAAAAGAAGACCGGAGUCAGACUGGAAACACGUCGGAAAAGUUAGGACAUACCAAUAUUGUAAGCAGAAUUCAAGAAGAAGAAAUAUUCAGUACAAAAAGUAAACUCGAAGAGGAAUACCAGGUCGAGCUUGUCCCAGUUGGAGCGAGUUUCCAAAAGAGUAUAAAGAAACGAGCUGAGAUCAAUGCAGAACUGGUGGGCUUUCCUGAUGAUGGUACACGAUCUUACCCAGUUGUCAAAACUAUCACAAGAAGUAUAUCCUUACGGGAAUCUUUACUUGGUUCCAGCCUUAUGAAUAGUUCUGGUUUGCUCCUUGGAAUGACAAAGCGUGAAGCAAUGCUUGCUGAAAGAGAACGUUAUGAAUAUAUGAAACUCAUGGCACCUGUGACAGAAACUUCAACGCACAGACAAUUCAGACGGUAUAACUAUGACGCUAAAUUGAGAGACAGACAUACUUCCACGAUGAAUAAUUCCAGAAACGUGGAGGAUCAUUUAGCUAAUGAGAUAGCAGAAAAGCAUAGAGACCACACGGCUGAGACAUAUACAUCUCUAAUCAAGGACCUAACAUCAGAUGUAAACUCAGAACGAUUGAAAGUAAAGGUAAUCUUGGCAUGGAUGAGUAAGCAAGGUAUCGGCAGACUACAGUUCGGACCUAAACCACCACCACCAGAUACACCAAAUGGCUAUAUGAUGCUGAUGCAAGAAGGCCAAGGGACAUUUCCGGUCUUUUUCACUCUCUUGUGCAGAGCAGCCAACCUUAAAUGUGCAAUCAUAAGUGGUAUUUCGAAAGGCUCGCAUUACGAGGUUGGAAGCAAAGAUACAGAACUUCUGAGGAAUACCUGGAAUGCUGUCUAUGUGGAAGGAUCCUGGCAGUUGGUUCAUCCCCUUUGGGUCUGUAAAGGUGUCGCUAACAGACAACUUGGUGGAUGGGUGAAGAUUGAAGAAGAAGGAAAAGCCAAAAGAAAACUCAGUAUUGCAAGUACAGGCAAAGAUGUUCCGUCAUUUAAUCCGUACUUCAUUUUUACAAAACCAGAGGAAUUUAUAUAUCGGAAUUUCCCUGACGAAGGGCGAUGGCAAUUAUUACCCAAUCCUAUAACGUUGGAGCAUUUUUUAGAACAGACAUAUAUACGCCCAAUUUUCUUUAUCAAUAAUUUCAAACUCCAAAGUGUAGACGCUUGUAUGCACGAAUCUGAAACGGGCGAUCCGUGCGAAAUAACUAUAGCUUUUCCAAAACAAAGCACAUCAGAUGUUGUGUUUGGAUACGAGUUAAGUAUGAAAACUAAUGAGCAAACAGACGAGUUACACCUCAAUAACGGAGUAUCAGAUCAGAACACGGAAGAAACUGGCGAGGAUGUAACAGAAACUGAACGAUAUGUCAUGGUUAAAAAGUCAGAAAGCUCUGUUACAUUUGAAGUUCGAUUUUUCAAGACGGGUACAUACAAGUUACGCUUAUACGGUGGAUAUUUUAAGGAAUUCGGAAACAAGCCGCCUUGGAUUAUAGAUGCAUUGUUGAAAUGUGAAAAUAUCCUCCCUCAAGCCGACCCUCUACCGUUUGAUCCAGGUCCAGUUGGUUGGGGACCUGGUCCAAUUUCUGAAAAUGUUGGUCUUUAUGUCCCAUCCCAUGUAGAAAGUGAAGUACUAGUCACUGAAGAAGAAGACACAAUAAUUUAUUUCAUCUUGCAAAACAAAAUAAAAGUAAACGCUGCAUUGCAUCAUUGCAUACUUGAAAGCAAUGAACUUCAAAAGUUUGUUGAAAUUAGCACAGUUGAGAUUGGUGAUAUACUGACGCUGCAGAUAAGGCUUAUGUACCCUGGGAAAGGCGAAUUUGGUCUCAAAAUAAACGUUAAAAAUCAUCAAAUGGACGUCAAUGCGUGCAAUUAUAUAUUACACACAGGCCAGAAACGACCAUUCGAGUCAUUUUAUCCAAGAAGAGCUAGAAGAAUUCUACUGAACGCAAUGGAGACGUGUGAUUUGGAUUUCGUAAAAGGAGCCCUUGAAGAAUGUAAAAGAACAGGACUGCCUGACACAGACCCCGACGUUAUGGGUGCACGAAACAGAUUCGAGUUUCUAAGUUGCAAAACAGAACUCUAUGUCGCUUUAUUAGUCAACAGAAUAGAUGUAUCCGAACAUGCAUUGUACCGCACCAGAAAAGCUAACCUUGAUAUAUUGUUAGUUAAAGAGGUAUUAAAGGUGGAAGAACAUUUACAAAAACUUCAAAAGUUAGAUGAAGGUGGUUGGACAUGUGAAAUUCCAGAAAUAGACCGACAGUCUCUUGUUGAGCUGAGCCAACUUCGUAAGCCUAAACUUGAAGUACAGUUGGUGAUAACAACAAUGUAUAUGUUGUUGGGUAUCGAAGAAGAAAAUCUUAAAGAUUGGGGAAAAGUCCGAAAGUUUCUUAGAAACCAACAAAGUACACUUGUAGAAGUAGCAAGACUUGAGAAGUACCUAAUGCUAGAUACUACAGAUGGUGUCACUGUUUCCGAAAGUGUGCUGGACCGUGUGCAAGAGAAACUCACAAACUACACACUAGAACACAUCAGGCGUGUUGACAACACAGCUGCCGCAUAUUUUCAGUGGGUCAUUUCAAUCACUGAAAAGCUUAAGGAAAACCAAAAGAAGAUUGAGUCCUCACGUUUGGCUAAGGCGAGUGCAACAAAAUCAACCGCCUCAGUUGUGACAAAAGUACCAGGGCAAAUUUCAAGCCAACAUGCAAGACAAACGUCAUUGUCAAUAACGACAAUAUCUCUUAAAUCCAAAACUACAACAACACAAAAGUCACUAAAAGAAAACAAAUCAUUAGAGAAAUCAAACAUGACAUUAAAUUCUUCAGCUGUGUCAAAAAGACCAAGCGUUAUUACGCAAAAAACAGUGAAUAAAUCUCAUUUCACCAAUGACCAAAAGGCAGACAGUAUCGCAACCAAACAAACUCUGCCAUUGAAUACUUCUGGAGAUGUACCUAAUCUGGAUCCAAUAUCGAAGAAGAAAAGUGGCAUUACUUUAAACUCUAAGAAUGAAAAGUCGCAAAGUUUUAUCAGUGCGACACAAUCAUUUAGGAAAGUAGGUUCCGGUUCAGAGGAACAAAGUAAUACGUCUCAUGUAAAAGAUAAGUCUGUUAAGUCAUUCGUUCAAGAAUCAGUUUCUAGAAAGGGUAUCACUUCACAGCAGUCGUCGACACUACAAUCUCGUUUAUCGCCAGGUUCUGAAGGAGUGCCAAGACAUGGAAGUGUUGUCUCAAAUAGGUCUUCUAAAUCCAAAUCAUCGCAGGCGUUAGUACGCCCCAAACCUAUGCUAAAUUCGUCAAGUACGUUCACACACAGUUCUUUAAAGGGCGAAAAACAUGUGUCAAGAACAGAAAGCAAUGUUACACACAAGUCUGUAAAAAGCCUAUCAAAGGCAUUAAAGUCUAGAGGGUCAGAAAGAAUAAGCGCUGACGCAAGUUUAAAUAAUGGUACAAAGAAUGGCAAUGUACAAGACCUACCUCUAAAAUCAAAAGGUUUAUCUGGCAGAACCUUUUUCUCUGACUCUGGCGGCUCACAAAGAGAACAAACGUCGAGGCCCGUGUCAAAAAAAGUCAAAAUCAAGUGUCAAGAAAAUCAAAUCAACAUAAUGCUUUAAAACUAAGAUUGUUUUAUCAUCGCAUUUAUUAACACAAAAGCUUGUAAUAUAUCUGCCUGCCAUAGAUUGUGAUGUCACUUAAAGUUCAGGCGGAAGAUCAAAUAGUAAAGUUAGAAUAUUUCCAAAAGUGAAUGUGUACAAAACCACUAUAUUUAUAAUCCAAACUCAUUUUAUUCCAUGAACCAAUACAUAUGUGUAAUAUCCAAGUACUAAUGUAAACAGGGCAAUUAACUAAAAAGCCGAAUGUUUUCGAAAGUCUGUCUCAUCGAAUAAUUCAUGUGCAUUCUACAAGAAUCCAGUGCGGUAAUGUAGCGUUAUGACGCGUGUACAGGACUGUGUUUAAUUAUAAAAGUUUGAAUGAAUAAGAAAAAAAAAACUGUACCAACUUUUGUUUCAGUUGGCAGUUUUGUUGACAGAACUUGUGAUCGCCAUCAGCCGCCGCACACUUUGAACGCGCACGUGUUUUUUUUACUAACUCAAACUAAAUUAGUUAAAACUGAGAAGCUGUCGACAAUUAAUUUUACAUUCAAUUUACUGCGUGUGCCGUUGUUCACGCUUAUCUAACAUGUCUAUAUCAAUAUUUUAUUUUAGAAACUCAUAGUAAGUUUAAGUUUACCAUAAUUGAUUGCAUUUUCAUGAAUUUUUAAAGGCUUGACAGUUUCCUUCUUCUAAUAGUCAGAUAGUUGUGAAGUAGUGCUCAAUGUGUUCUCUAUAUCCCGAAAAUAAGCAACGGCUUAUCUUAAAUUUUCGUAAGGAUUUGAUGGCUUAUUAUCGAGACCGGCUAAUUUUUGAGUCCGGCGAACUUUUACGUACAUAUAUUCAAUAACAGUUUAAAAAUUGUCUUAUUUUCGAGUACCGAAAUAUUGAAGAUAUGAAUGUCACAUAUUUUGCUUUUGAGUAAAAUUAUCGACGUCGAUAAAUACUUAUAAUUCUGACAUACCAGUUUUGUUAGAAUUUAUUACAAUUUCUUAAUGAAAAUAAUCCGAUGCUAACAGAUAAUUACCCAUUAAAAAGUUUUGUCUGGCCUAUCAAACAAAUACACCUAUGAUUUAAUCGGCCAACGGGUAUGAAUAACUUACAAAAUAGGUGAUAAACACUGCAUUGUGUUAUAAAGACCGGUCAUGUUAAUUAGUAGAACUGACUUGCCAAGAAGUGUUUGAGACAGGAAUUUUUUGGCUUUUAAAGUUUUAAUUUGUCCAGGGUUUUGAAUAUCAGAACAACUUGCAUUGUGUUAAGUGUUUUCAUUCCAAAGUAUGUUUUAUUGCUAUUACGUGUGGAAAUAAAUCUGCUAUGUACACGCUGGUAACUUUUGCUAUCUCAUAUGGUGUCCUAACAAAGUCACUGAUACUAUUACUGAUACAAAAAUCUGGACGGCUUAUUUUUGAGUGCGGCUUAUUUAUGGGCCCUUUUUGCCUGUAGUGAAAUGGUGGCUUAUUUUCGAGACCGGCUUAUUUUCAAAACCAGCUUAUGUUCGGGAUUUCAGGGUAUAUUUAAAUUAUGUUAGACAAAUGUUUUUCAUAAUAACUUCCAAGAUCAAAUCUAAGAUCUUUCAAAAUGUAUAAUAAUGAUAUUGUUUGGAGGAGUGAGUGUGCUCUGAUUAGAUAUUGUGCUAAUAUUUCCAAAAGCAUGGAUAAUGUGGAGUUUUCGACCUUCUAAAUUGGAUAAAAGCUAGAUAUACAUCUUACAUUCUUGAACAAAAUCUUGAGCUUUGUUUUGUCUUAGAAUAAAUAACAUGUUCCGAAUCUAAUCUUGGCAAAGAAAAUCACACACACAAAAAGAAACUGCCAGAUGUGCCCUUAAAUUAUUCUGUGAUAUACAUUUGCUUAUAUACAUGUAUAUAAAUAUGAAUUAAAAUGGCAUGUAUUUACCUCAUUCGAUAUUGUGUCGAAAGUUUAUAGUGUGCUUUUUGUUUCAAUUGUUAAUGUGACAAGAAUUAUGAAAUAAAUUUAUGUAUUAA